AUCUCCACACAUCAAAACAUCCUUAACUUGAAGCAACCAUGAACACUUCAUCUUUACUUUCCUUCCUUUUCCUUGCCUUGAUCGCCUCAACACCCUUGUUGGGGGCUGCGGAUCCUGACCCUUUGCUUGACGUCAAUGGUGAGAAGCUCCUUACUGGAGCUCCUUACUAUAUCGUAUCGGCAAUCAGAGGAGGCGGUGGCGGUGGCCUGAGCUUGUUCCCUAGCAAAACACUCUGUCCGCUCGAUGUGAUCCAACAAAAUUUAGAUACAAAUAGGGGCCAAUCAUUACUAUUUUCACCAGCCACUCAAAAUGAAGAAGAGGUUCUUUAUGAAUCCACUGAUCUAAAUAUCAAAUUCUCUACUCCAGCUAGUAUCUGCUUCCAGCCAACAGUUUGGAGGGUUGAUAACUACGAUUCAUCAACCGGUCAGUGGUUUAUAACCACUAAUGGAGUUGAAGGAAACCCUGGAGCUGAAACAUUGCAAAAUUGGUUUAAAUUUGAGAUGGUUGGAAAUACAAAUUCAUACAAAAUUGUUCAUUGUCCAAAAGUGUGCGACUCUUGUGUGAGUUUGUGCAGCGAGGUUGGCCUUUACGAGAUUGACGGAGUAAGACGUUUGGCUAUCAAGGGUGAAAGAAUUUUCAGGAUCGUGUUCAUCAAGGCUGAGGAGUUUAAUUCUCUUCAUGCUGAUGGAAAGAGCAAUUGCAUGGAAAAAUAUUAUUGAUCGAUGCUCGGCCAAUCUAGUUGAGCCGAGUUCCUUAACUUAAUCACUGGAAAAAUAUAAAUAAAAUAAAAUGGUUGUGUGAUCCUUGGAAUGCAUGAUUGUAAUAUUUUCAGUGUUUAAAAAAAUUAUAAAUAAAAGCUAAGUGCUUAAUUUCAUUA